AUGACGAGCUUGCUAUGGUUAACAGCAGAAGAGGCUGCAAAGAACAGAGGGAAAGUCCUUUACUUGUACCGCCAGUUACUAAGGAGCGUUAACUCACCAAAGCUGCAGCUUAGUUACGCUUCAAGACUCGCAAAGAAAGCUGAGAUUAAGACCAUCUUCUUGUUUGGCUCCGAGGAGGUUUCCAAACACAACGUUGCCGAUCUCAUCCGUACCGGUGAAUAUGCUCUUUCUCAGUUGAAGCAAGGCAAGAUCCCAAACAACACUACUCAGUAUUGA